UCUAUCUCUUCUAUCUCCACUCCUUCUGAAAUGUGUCUCUGUGGGAUCUGAUAUGUUUUGAAUCACCCAACCAGUGUCGGGAUGGAUGUGGUUGAGUGUGUUUUCGCAGCGAAAUUAGACGACUCCAUCACUCAAGACAGAGUGUUUCCCUUGUGUGUGUUAGGGGGUUUUCUCAACGCAUGUUGCGUUCCCACCCGGACUUCCUGUGUAUUGUCAACACGAGCGGUCUGCACUUCACCCGGCCUCCAGAUAGCAUCCUGCUAACGUGGUUAGCCUUCAGCGGCUAAUUCAAUAGCCCUGGAAGCUGCCGAGGGGAGAGGGGCAGACGGCCCGGGCCUAAUCCAAUCGGCGCGCUGCAUUGCUGUACAUCCGUCCUUCAUCGGCUGGUGACGGGACACGCGACCAAACCUCCGGCAGGUUGGCCUCUCCUUUUGUCCACGCUGAAACACCAGCAGACCCCACAGGGUCAUCCACGCCGGGCCUCAUCACCUCCUGAGACUCCCCAGACGCCUCCCAAGAGUCCAGCCCAUCCCGGACCCUCCUACCCUUCUGUAAGCGGGCCUCUCCUCCCAUUCAGCGCGGUCCGCUCUCAGGGAUACAACUCAGGGGAGAAGAAGGAACAGUAGCUGGCCAACAAGGAACCACCGCUGCCUGCCAGCGACAGACAGUGGACAGCAGACGGGAGAGAGGGAGGAAAGCCCCUGGAAUCAAACGGAGAAAUAGGAGCUGAGCGGUGUGGAGGGGAGAUACAACAGAGCCCUCACUGCAGAGAACAGAAUGGCCGGUUUUUUCUCAGGAGGCCAUGAGCUAGCCGACGACUAACGUCACCACUUGAACCGUGGAUCUCUACCUCGAACGGCCCCGCGACAGACCCCCGUCUCAGUCAACAGAUCAGGCAGCGAGGACGGAUCUCUGCGUGGGACAACCUGGUUUUGAUAUCCUCUGCAGGGUUUUGUUGUACACUGGGCCAGCCGCGGCCGACUGCUAUGUGUGAGACGCAACGGGGGCCAUGCCAGCCAAGGGGAAGUACCUGUUGAAUGAACUGGAGCUCAAACAUGAGACGCUGUACCGCAAGUUCUCCUGCAUCAGCCAGUAUCAGCCGCUGGCGCUGCUGCUGGGCCUGUCCAUGCUGUCCUGUGCCAUCCUCCUGGUGCUCUUCUUCUCGCUCCAGCUGAGUGCCAACAAGCACAGUGCCUUCGUGGCGGUGGUGAGCCUGAGCCUCGGGGUGUUUGUGGCCGUGUUCUUCCUGGUGUGCACCGACACCCUGACCCAGCGAUGGCGGCGGCUGCUGGGCCUGGCGGUUUGGGCCACCCACCUUGUCAUGGCCUACACCUUCAUCUUCUGCGGGCCGCUCAUCCUGCCCUGGGACCAGGUGCCGUACUUCCUCUUCAUCAUCUUCACGGUCUACACCAUGCUGCCCUUCCAGCUGUGGGACGCCGUGGUACUCAGCGUGCUCACGUCACUCUCGCACAUCCUGGUCCUCACGCUCAACUUCACCGUCUUCCGCAGGAAUGACACCCAGUACCUGGCCCAACAGCUGUUGUCCAACGCGGUGGUGUUCCUGUGCGGCAACGUGGUGGGGGCCUUCCACAAGGUGCUGAUGGAGAAGACCCUGCGGCAGACCUUCCAGGACACCCUGCGCUGUCUCAGGAUGCGCAUGAAGCUGGAGAUCGAGAAGAGACAGCAGGAGAGCCUGCUGCUGUCCGUGCUGCCCGUCUACAUCUCCAUGAAGAUGAAGCUGGCCAUCAUGGAGCGGCUGCAGGAGUGCAAGGACAAGGAGGAGCAGCAGCGGCUGGUGAAGGACAACAACUUCCACAGCCUCUACGUCAAGCGGCACGAGAACGUCAGUAUCCUCUACGCUGACAUCGUCGGCUUCACCCGUCUGGCCAGUGACUGCUCCCCCAAGGAGCUAGUCAUCAUGCUUAACGAGCUCUUCGGAAAGUUCGACCAAAUCGCCAAGGAGAACGAGUGCAUGAGGAUCAAGAUCCUGGGAGACUGCUACUACUGUGUGUCCGGGCUGCCCGUCUCUCUGCCCAAGCACGCCAAGAACUGUGUGAAGAUGGGCCUGGACAUGUGUGAAGCUAUCAAGCUCGUGCGAGAGGUCACCGGCGUGGACAUCAACAUGAGGGUGGGCGUGCACUCGGGGAACGUGCUCUGCGGAGUCAUUGGCUUGCGCAAGUGGCAGUUUGACGUGUGGUCACAUGACGUCACCCUGGCCAAUCACAUGGAGUCUGGCGGACUGCCUGGCCGGGUCCACAUCACAGAGGCCACCCUGAAGCACCUGAACCGGGCCUACGAGGUGGAGGAGGGCAACGGCCACCUGAGGGACGCCUACCUGAAGGAGAUGAACAUCCGCACCCACCUGGUCAUCGACCCGCGGUCCAAGGACCAGUCUCUGAACAACCGCCACGUGAUGAAGCACCGCGUGAACGACGGGGUGAAGAUGAGGGCGUCGGUCCGCAUGACGCGCUACCUGGAGUCCUGGGGCGCCGUCAAGCCCUUCGCCCACCUCCAGAACCGCGACGGCUUCACCGCCGACCCCAUCGGCAACGGCAAGCCCCGCUGCAAGGACAUUCCUUUGCACUCGGCUCCCUCCUCAAAGAACACGGAGAGCUUGGACGACUCUCCAGAGGAGCCCUUCUCCUUGCCAGCCCCCCCCUUCAGCAGUUCGAAGAACAAGUCCCAGAAGAGCAAGUUUGACGAGGCUCUGCACGACGAGAUGACCACCACCAUCGACGAGCUCAGCAGCAAGCAGUGGUCCAACUCUGAGGAGACCAGCAGCCUGGCUCUGUGGUUUCCCAAGAAAGAGCUGGAGAAGCAGUACCGAGCCUUGGACCUGCCCAUGUUCAAGCACUACAUUGGCUGUGCCGCCUUCAUCUUCUUCUGCAUCUUCGUCGUUCAGAUGUUCGUCUCAAGCAAUUUCAAGUGGCCAUGGGUGGCUUUUGGAUUCUUGGCCUGUUUAUUACUGUUGAUUCUGGCCAUCUGCUUCGCAAGUCAUCUACAGCGUCUUCUCCCGGAGAAGCUGUCCAGUUGCCAGUGGCUGCCAGCCCUGUCGGAGGCCGUGGUGAAGCGGCCAAUCGUGCGCCUGCCCCUGGCCACCCUGGCCACGGCCGUCAUCGUUCUCCUGGCGGUGUUCAACCUGUGCUUCAUCUCCACGAACCUCGCGGAGUGCAAGACUGCCGGUACGAACGAGUCCAGGCAGCAGGAAAGCCAGGAGCAGGACCUCUACUACCUGCCAUACUCCGUGUUCUGCUGCAUCCUGUCCCUGAUCGCGUGUGGCGUCUUCCUGAGGGUGAGCUUCGAGCUCAAGGUGCUCUUCCUCACGCUGACCUCCACCGCGUACUACAUCAUCAUCCUCAGCUUCCAGCAGAGCCUCUUUACGGCCUACGGGAACAUCCUCUACGACAACGCCACCGGUGGCAACUCGCUGAACUGCAGCAGCAUCACCGACGCCAUUCGACUGGAGGAGCUGGGGUUGGUGAAGCACCCCCAGGUGAUGAGCUGCAUCUACAUCACCCUGUUCCUGGUCACCAUGCUCAUCAUCUCCCAGCAGAACGAGUCGUGCUUCCGGCAGGACUUCCUGCUGAAGAACAAGAACCGCACGGAGCAGGAGGAGAUCGAAACCCGGGAGAACCUCAACCGCCUGCUGCUGGAGAACGUUCUGCCGGCGCACGUGGCCGGCCUGUUCGUCGGGGAGAACAAGAAGAACGAGGAUCUGUACUACAAGUCAUACGACUGCGUGUGCGUGCUGUUCGCCUCGGUGCCGGACUUCAAGGAGUUCUACACGGAGUGCGACAUCAACAAGGAGGGCCUGGAGUGCCUGCGGCUGCUCAACGAGAUCAUCGCCGACUUCGACGAGCUGCUGUCAAAGCCCAAGUUCAGCGGAGUGGAGAAGAUUAAGACCAUUGGCAGCACCUACAUGGCCGCCGCGGGCCUCAGCGGCACCCCGGGCCAGGAGAACAACCAGGACCGCGAGAGACAGCGGGCGCAGAUCGGCAACAUGGUGGAGUUCGCCAUCGCCCUCAUCGGCAAGCUGGACGGCAUCAACCGCCACUCCUUCAACAGCUUCCGGCUGCGCGUGGGUAUUAACCACGGGCCGGUGAUCGCCGGCGUGAUUGGAGCCAGGAAGCCUCAGUACGAUAUCUGGGGCAACACGGUGAACGUGGCCAGCCGGAUGGAAAGCACCGGAGAGCUGGGCAAGAUCCAGGUGACGGAGGAGACGUCGGCCAUGCUCCAAAAGCUGGGCUACUCGUGCGAGUGUCGCGGUCUUAUCAAUGUCAAGGGGAAGGGAGAACUCAAGACCUACUUCGUGUGCACCGACAUGUGCAAGCAGCAGGGCGUGGGUCUGAGCUGAGACCCCCACACCCCCCACACACACCCUCCGCCUCCCCCCUCUCCCCCCCCCCCCCCCCCCCCCCAUACAAAGGACUUACCUGUGUGACCGGAAGUACAGGCAGUGCCCAGCUGAUCAAAAUGGUGUUAGAGGGAAGACUGUGGCUUGCUUCACCGGAGGGACUGGAUGGACGGUCACCGGAGCAUGUCGGCGUUGAGCGGGGCUCAGCGGCACUGGGUCAAAGGUCAGGGGUCACUGGGGACUUGGGGGUGUUGAAGGUGUUCACGCCGGAGAGCUGUACAUAGCGCUCUGCCGUCUUUGCGCACACAGUCCAUUCGUGUACCGUCACAUCUUUCUCCCCCUCCUCCCCCACCCGUUUACUCGAGGUGGCCUCUGGAAAAGGCCGGUCUGGGAACGCACCCGAGACUGGAUGGGACAGAUGGGAAUGUUGGAGCGCCGACAGCCCUGUGAGGGGGCCGUACGCAAGGAUCCUGAUAGGAUUGUAUGUUCUGGGAGACGUCCUUUUUCCUGGUUUGGCUUCCUGGAGGAAGGUGGACUCUGCCCUGUUACUGUGUAAUGGUCACCACGUGUGUGCCCUGGUCUUUUAUGGUCUGUAAGAUACUGUACAUAAGCGACGCCGCAAAUCAGAAACAAAAAAGGGAAAGGUUCAAGUUUAAGGCGAAUAAAGUAUCAAGUUUCAUGUUAAAAAGUGUUAUUGUGAAAUAACCAUGAAAUUCUCUUUCCUUCUCAUCAUUAUUCCAGCCGUGUGGGGUUAAUGGAUGAUUCACAUCUUCCCCACUUCACUGCUUAGACACUGGAUCUUUAUAACCAGCUCUGCAUUACGAGGUGCCGAGGUGCAUGUGGGUCACCUGCUUGCCGCUAUACAGAUACGCCAACACAAGACAUCAUUCAAGCACCGCUUUGCCUCUCUGUGCCCGAGCUGCAUCCCGGGACUGGGACAUGGUCACCACCAGGUCUGCUGUGACGCCUCUGCUCGCUCUGUGCCUCUGAAAACCUGCCUUAGCGUUGGACCGCUAUCCGUCUGUUGUCGUGAUUACUGCGAUGGUGUUGAUUGUUAACUGGACUUCAUUUUGUACAGCUGCACAAGGUAUUAAAUGGUUUUGUAAGUCUGA